AGGGCGCUCUGGGGGCGGCUCUGCCGCAGUCCCGACUCCCGCCGCUUCCUCCCGCCGCCCCUCCCCGCCGGCCCGGGCGAACGCGGUCUGGCCCUAGGGACCGAGUCUCGGCGCCGCCGGAGACCGGGCGCGGGCCGCGCCGCAGUCGGAGCGGGGCCGGGGCCCACCGCGGCCUCCUCCUUCCGCCGGCCCCGCCGCCGGCCAUGCAUUCUUCCGGCUCCUCUGGCUCCCGCAGCCGGGGUCGGGGCCCAGCCAGCCCGAGGCUGCCGCGAGGGGAAUAGGGCGCCCGUGCGGCCGCUCGCGCCGCGCCUUGGGCCGCCUCGGCCGCCGCCUCGUCCAUGACCGCGACCCCUCGGCGGGGGACACCCGCCCCCGCGCUCCGCCGCCUGCAGUCCGCGCCCGCCGAGAAAGACAAGACCGACUCCAGAGGGAGAAUGGCUGUGACUUUGGAAGAAGCUCCUUGGCUGGGCUGGAUCUUGUUGAAAGCACUGAUGAGAUUUGCCUUCAUGGUCGCCAACAACCUGGUUGCUAUUCCAUCCUACAUCUGCUAUGUAAUUAUACUUCAGCCCCUUCGAGUGCUGGACAGUAAGCGGUUCUGGUAUAUUGAAGGAAUCAUGUAUAAAUGGCUUUUAGGAAUGGUGGCUUCCUGGGGAUGGUAUGCAGGGUACACAGUGAUGGAAUGGGGGGAAGAUAUUAAAGCAAUUUCAAAAGAUGAAGCAGUGAUGUUGGUGAAUCAUCAGGCCACAGGGGAUGUGUGCACACUCAUGAUGUGCCUCCAGGACAAAGGACUGGUUGUUGCUCAGAUGAUGUGGUUGAUGGAUCAUAUUUUUAAGUACACAAACUUUGGAAUUGUUUCUCUAAUUCAUGGAGACUUCUUUAUAAGACAGGGAAGAUCUUAUCGUGACCAACAGCUGGUGCUUCUCAAGAAGCACUUAGAAAAUUAUUACAGAAGCAGAGAUCGAAAAUGGAUUGUUUUGUUUCCAGAAGGGGGCUUCCUCAGGAAGAGGCGAGAAACAAGUCAGGCAUUUGCCAAGAAAAAUAACUUGCCAUUUCUUACACAUGUCACUCUGCCAAGGUGUGGGGCGACAAAAGUUAUUUUGAGUGCACUUGUAGCACGACAGGAAAAUGGAAGUCCUGCAGGAGGAGAUGCUAAAGAAUUAGGCAGGAAAUCAGAAGGCCUCCAGUGGAUAAUAGAUACAACUAUAGCCUAUCCUAAAGCUGAACCUAUAGAUAUUCAAACCUGGAUUCUUGGAUACAGGAAACCAACAGUCACACAUGUACAUUACAGGAUCUUUCCAGUUAAAGAUGUACCCCUGGAAACUGAUGACCUCACCAAUUGGCUGUAUCAACGGUUCAUUGAGAAAGAGGACCUCUUGUCACAUUUUUAUGAAACAGGAGCUUUUCCAACUUCCAAGGUCCACAAGGAAACUGUUUCCAGGGAGAUGACCCUCAGCAACGUGUGGUUAUUUCUUAUACAGUCUUUUGCAUUUUUGUCAGGCUACAUGUGGUACAGCAUUAUUCAGUAUUUUUACCAUUGCCUGUUUUAGGAAUUGACUUGGAUUUGUCAAGGUCACCAUAGGAGUUCAGACUUUGUUUCAUAAGUGUGCAUUAUUUUACAUGUGCAAAUCAAAAUAUGUUAAAAAAAAAAAAAAGGAAAGAAUUCAUAGAUGGAUUAAUAUUUAUCCCCCUUUGGGAUAUUUUAAAAACUCUACUAAAAUGAGGCUUAGUAAUAUAAUGACCUGCUAAUAUAUUUUAAGAACUGUUUAUGUUUUAAAAAGAUACACUCUACUGCACAUUUACGCAAACAUCACAUUUGGAGAAGAGGAAAUCAUAAAAUCAUCCUAGAAGACCAUCUGAGAGAAAUUCUGUUGCCACCAGAUGUACUUGGUAAUUUAGUUCAAGCUCAGAAAGUCGUAUUAGUCCCUCUAGGCAGUAGUCUAUAUUGGGGCAGUGCUGUGGAACGCCCUCACUUCUACCAGCCCACACUGUGCGACUAGAAACCUUGAGGGGAGCUGGUUAGCACCUUCUGAAGAACCAUUUCCAUCAUUUACGGUAACAAACUCCAGUCCUCAACAACUAACAGAGGUACAUUUUUGGCAUUCUCUGUGGGGAAAAAGCAGUGUCCACUGAACCCAUUCUGGUACUAGAAUGUGUUCUUCACAAAGGUAGCUCAGUCCCACGUUUUGUUUACAUGCACUAGUGCUUUCCUUCCCUUACCUGAGUUCUCAUUGCAUAUAGAAAGCAUAUCAUAGGUUGACAAUUGUAUUUGACAAAAUGCACUUUUAUCAGAGGCAAAUAGAGCAAAGGAUUCGUGGUAGAGCUGAACACAAAUGUAAGCAUAUCAAGGAGAGGCUCUCUUGUCUUGCUUUGGCGUUCACUGGCCUGCUGCUGUUCUCCAGCACUGCCCUGCGGGGGGCACCCUCUGGCAUCAUGCCUCUCUAGCCUAGAGGCUUGUAUGAAUUUUUUUCAUUUUGACAUUCACUCUAAAGGAUGGUCAAAACAAAUUAACACAGGGUGAUCAGAGAGUUCAUGUGCAAUUUAAAUAUGCCUACCCUGUAUAAAACAUUUAAAUGAUCAAUUCAGGGGGAAAUAGACUAGCUUAUGAGAAAAGUGGGAGCUAGUGGCUGACAAUGGUGAUAAGUUCUCACAUGGCACCCCCGAGAACCCGUGCAGACAGUAAUCUAUUCUGUCAUCACAUUGGGGAGCUCUCCCUCACGAGGUAAGUGUAGCCAGGAGAGAAACCAGUACAAAAGGCUUCCCAAUCUCUUUAAAUUUCUUUUGAAGAGGAUAAAGUCAAGUUUCUAUCUCUAGGAAACCUUUUUUAAAAUUUGUCACUAUGUUCUCUUAUUCUUUGUCACUGUAUUCUCUUUCAAAAAGUGCUGGUACUAUGUCACUGUUGAGGUGGAGUAUGACUUUUGGUUUGUGAUUGUAAGACUGUUAGGAUCCUAGCAAGUCAGUGGUAGUUUUCUGUAGUAUGAGCAUUGUAGAGUCCCCUGUUGUCACUAAUCACACAGAUAACGAUUCCGAGAAGUAGGCUAUCAAAAAAUAACAGCUAAUGUUUUCUCUUUUUAAAUAAACCAAAAAAAAAAAAAACUGAAAAGAUGUGAAUUUUCCCCCAGUUAUGUGGGAAACAUAAAGCAACACCAAAUAAAAGCCCACAGCAGCUUCAUCUUUAGAAUAACUCAGUGCAUAGGUGAAAGAGAAAGAUGCGUUAACUGAAAUACCUCAUUGAAUGUUAUCCUACUACUGGUAAAAUGCAGAAGACAGUGUUAAUGUGUUUGGCAAUGGUUGUUAUAAGGCAGUUUUCUUGAAAUCUUAAGUAUUUCGUUGUGUCUUAUACUGACAGUGAAUUAGUGAAAUCAAUCUCAAUUUAAAGGUACGGAUGAAGGUAGGAAGCCACAUGGAGGCUUUUGUUCGAGGCCAAGCAAAUACUGCUGAACUACAAGAUGAUUUAAGAGAUCAGUCAGCCAUCUGGGGGAGAAGUUGCUCACUGUCAGAGAGAGCAUGCCCAGUGUUAGCUAAUAGACCCUUUUUACUCGUUGCUACAGCAAGGGUAGAGUAGCCAGUUCUCCUAUCCAAAAAAAAUGGGUACAUAAAUAUGGCUUAGGGCCACUUUUAACAUCAUUGUGCUUCAAAGGAACAUGACAUUUUUAAGUGUACUGUACAUGUUAAACUGUCCUGUAAGAUGCUCUACUUUUUAAGUGCAGUCUCAUUUCCGCAGUCUCCAGGGUGACAAAUACCAAUAGAUGUGUGAAUUAAUUUUGGAUGUGUAUUGUAAAUAGAUGUGUAUUUGCCCUGCCCUCUCCCUCAGUAUCAACAUGUUCUCUUUCUUCUGUUUGCAAAAUACAUUUGUUUGAGAGCAUCAGUAACGCUCUCCUUAUCGGUAACUGGAGUUCUGCUUGCACUAGAGAAUGUAAAGAGAGAAUCGUGUUCUUACAUGGCAGUCUGGGGAAGCAGCAAUAUGCCACUGUAUAGAACUGAAUAAAAAUUCCUAAUUUGUACUUUCUUUGUGAAGUGAGAUGAAGGGAGGUUUAAAGGAUAUAUAUUUUGUCAAGGGGAAAGAAAAUAAAACUGUGCCAGUUUUAUACCAGUAGCUGGUAGAAUCUGAGCACUUCUUGUUCUUGACUAAACUACCUAGCUAGUUUCCCAAGCAGACAGAUUUGAGAACCCAUUGCUGGAAUCCUGGUAUCAACAAGUCACAGUGAUGGAGCAUCUGUUUGGCUACAGGCAAGUUCAGCAGCUACAGAUGUGACCACGCCAACAGUUCACUGUUAACUACAGAAACAAUUAUUUGUAUUGCAAUAUACGUAUAUUGUAGAGAAACCUAUAAGCAAUGGAAGGUAAAGAAAAAUUACAGAAUGGAAAAGGAUAUUUGGAUGGGCAAACAAAUUAGUUGAGAGUUGAAAUAGUAGGUUUUUUAAAAGAUAGCUAUGAGUUCAGAUCUGUCAUAUUUUUAGUUUGUAAUAUUACAACCAAUCCUUAAUUUUCCACAGUAAACUGAGUAGGCGUUACUGGAUAAAUAAGAAAUUAAUAACUGGAUAAUUAAUCCAGUAAUGAGUGAUAGGUAAGCCACAAAUCUAUUUUUAUUUAGGAGUGUCAAUUUGUAUUCUCAUCGAACCUUCUCUUUCUCAUAGGGAUGCUUACUAAUUGAAAAAAUUAUUUGAGUUGUUUAUUAGUUUUCUUUUGCAUAUAUGACUGUGUUAUUGAGUAGUGAAACUAUACAGAAAGACAGGCAGCAAUCCAGAAGAGGAAAUACAGAAGCCUGAAAAAUCCAUGGGGUAGAAAAGGCAUCCCUGAACAGUUAAGAGUCGGCGGUAUUGAAAUUGUUCUCAAGCCUUUUUAUAAAAAUGAGAUCCGAAAUCACCAAAUGUAAACCUCUGAACAUCAUCCUAGCGUUGGUAUCUUUUGGAUUGAUGUUAAGAAUGCCUCUCAUUCUUUGCUAAUGUUGCUCAUUUCUCGUGGAUUUGUCUUAGUAAUGUUUUUUGACAAUCACUUCCCUAAAGACUUCUACAAUAGUUGGACCUGGUUCUAAUAAUAGAAAGUAAGUCUUUAAUCAUGGAUAGUCUUCUUGGGUUCUUGUUAUAUUUAAAAAGAAAAUGUUUUAUUUGCACUACUGAGUAGGAAGAGUUCAUUGUUUUCUUUGUUCUUUUCUUUGAAAUCACGGUAUAGGACUUCACUACAGAGCGAAGUGCUAUUAUGAGCAUGUUCAGCUCUGGUCCACAAACGAAGGAUAAAAAUGGUUUGUUGUAUUUAUUUGCCCUGCAGUGCCGUGAGCCAGCCUUACAUCAGUUAACGUGAAAGGCGAAAUCAAAAGCAGCACCGUCAAACAGGAGGCAUAGAAACUAAUAUGUUUGGGACCAAAACCACCUAAGUUGAAAAUUUCUAGAUCACAGAUGGGCCAGAUACUCUCUGGAGCAGUCAUUGGUUGGUGCCUUAGUGUAAUUAUUCUGCACCAAUCCCCAACAAUUAGGAAAUGGACCCUGGGAAUAAGCUGAGGGUGCUAGACUUUGCAGGAGGGUGACAGUAGCCAUAUGGAAGAUAAAAUAUGGAUUUUUCUGCAAAAUUUCCAUCUGAAGAUUUUUACAUUUAAUAUUUUUUUAAGACAGUUUAAAGAGCAAAAAUUUUUUUAAGUGUAUCUAGCUGCAGAGUAUGCACACAUAUCUUGAAUGGCUUUAUUUUUAUUGUAUAAACUGUUGAACACAUGACUGAUGCACAAAUUCUUUACGUGUAAGGAGUCUAUGCAUUUUACAGUGAUUUAUUUUAUGAUUGGGUAAUGAGACAGUUAUACAUUCAACUGCCAUUAUUUUUAAGUGCUUUCAUUUAUUUUACAGUUAUUACAAGAUCGUGUUUAUUUUCUACAGAUAGAUUUUUGUUUUUCUGAUGCCGUAAUGUUUACUUCAGCUUGUUGACCUUUCUUUGUGUAUCUGCAUGUUGUAACGUGUGAUGAGAAUGAAUGUAAAGGCUGUGGCAACCAUAAUUAAUUUUUGUAAAGGGCUGGUCACAUGUGGAUCUGGUGUACGAAUGCAUUUGAGAUGAUUUUAAUAACCAGAUCACCUUUUCAGAAAUUUAGAUGUGAACACCAAAAGAAGCAUUUUCUCAACAAAAAUUAAUAGCUGGUUCUAUUUUUUUUUAACCUAGAAAAAAAUAAAGUUGAUUUUUUU